AGCACCAUGACUUUUUACAACAUCAGCUACAACAUGAAAGUGAAGACGGGCUACUUUGGCUUCCGAAAAACCAUUAAGAAAGAGAUUUUAAGAGAUAUCAGCGGGGUCAUGAAACCUGGUCUCAAUGCAAUUCUAGGACCCACAGGCUCUGGGAAAUCAUCCCUAUUAGAUAUUUUAGCUACAAGGAAAGAUCCUCGUGGACUGACUGGAGAGAUUUUGAUAAAUGGGCACCCUCAACCUCCACAGUUUAAAUGUAUGUCCGGAUAUGUAAUACAGGAUGAUAUAGUGAUGGGAACCUUGACAGUCAGAGAAAAUUUAGAGUUUUCAGCAGCGCUUCGGCUGCCUGCUUCUAUGAGCUCAGAGGAGAAGAAGGAGAGGGUUGACCAGGUCAUUGUGGAACUGGAUUUGACUAAAGUUGCAAAUGCCAAGGUUGGCACUCAGUUUAUUCGUGGAAUAUCUGGCGGGGAGAAGAAAAGGGUCUGUAUUGGACUAGAGCUCAUUACACACCCUGCAAUAUUGUUUUUAGAUGAACCAACGACUGGAUUGGAUUCCAGCACGGCCAAUGCUGUCAUGGAGCUCUUAAAAAGGAUGUCGGUGAGUGGGAAAACAAUUAUUUUUUCAAUCCAUCAGCCUCGGUACGCUAUUUUCAAAUUGUUUGACAGCCUGACGUUGCUUGCCGCAGGAAGACUUUUGUAUCACGGCCUGGCUGGUAAAGCUCUGCCGUACUUCAUAUCUAUUGGUUUUGUCUGUGAAGCGUAUAACAAUCCUGCAGAUUUUUUUAUGGAUAUCAUUAAUGGAGACUCUACUGCUGCCGCAGCUAGUAAAAUUGACUUUAGCAUCACAGACCUGGAAAAGCCUGAAGGAGAAGUUGCGAGUAUUGCAUCAAUGUUAGCCAAACAAUAUUCUCGAUCUGCUCAAUACCUAAAAAUGAAAGAAGAAUUAAAGCAGCUGUCUUUAGAAAAUAAAAAAAGAAAGACAUCUUACCAUCUUAUUCCAUACUCCACUUCCUUCUUUCAUCAGCUCAAGUGGGUCUCCAAACGCACAUUCAAAAAUUUGAUAGGGAAUCCACAAAACUCCACGGCUCAGAUCUGUAUUACAACUGUUCUGGGACUAUUCAUUGGAGUUAUUUUUGCACAUGUUGAAAAUGAUGUCACUGGCAUUCAGAAUAGAGUUGGAGCUUUAUUCUUCUUGACCACCAAUCAGUGUUUGAAUAGUGUUACGACUGUUGAACUUUUUAUCACAGAGAAAAGGAUAUUUAUGCAUGAAUACAUAAGUGGUUACUACAGAGUGUCUGCAUAUUUCUUCUCAAAGAUAAUAGCUGAUAUGAUACCUAUGAGGACUUUACCUGGGAUAAUCUUCACCUGUAUAAAUUAUUUCAUGAUAGGAUUCAAGCCUACUGCACAGGCAUUCUUUAUCAUGAUGAUUACCCUUAUACUGAUCGCCUAUGCUGCUAGUUCGCUGUCUCUAGCCAUCGCAACCGGACAAAGCGUCUCAUCCAUUGCCAACCUCCUCAUCAACAUUUGCUUCGUUUGUAUGAUUCUUUUCUCUGGCUUGUUGGUAAAUAUCACAACCAUUUCUCCCUGGUUGCUGUGGCUAAAGUACUUCAGUAUCACUCGAUAUGGGUUGAAUGCUUUGCAAAUCAAUGAGUUCACCGGCCUGAAGUUUUGCAAGGAUUCCACAACCGGGGUCAAUGUGACCUGUAUCACCCCUAGUCCAUUUACAAUAUGCACUGGAGAAGAGUAUUUGAAAAUACAAGGUAUCAACAUAACUCCUUGGGGCGUCUGGCAGAAUUACGUGGCUCUUGUAUGCAUGACAGUCAUUUUCCUCACAAUUGCAUACACAAAGUUGAGACUUCUAAAAAAAUAUACGUAA